GCGUCGUCAAGUUAGGAGACGGAGACUACGACGGGGACUUUAUCCAGAUAUCAGCCUGGGUGGAGCUACUGGAUUUCAUGGACAAUACCCCCUCGGAGAUGGACGCUCCAGCCCUUAAGCAAGCCCGCGACGACAUCCUCGCGUCCCUCCCGGAAAGGGGGGAGACCAUGGUGCGUUAUCUGGAGUUCUUGGGGAAGGAGCUUCGCCUCCGCCGGGCGAAAUACAACUUGACGCUGCAGGACAAGGCCUUGGUGAUUUGCAAGGACGCGACGGUCCACACCGAUGCCCGGUUUUCAGAGCUGAGGCUGCUUCGACGGGUUUGGCUCAGAAAGGCUUUGGGCGGCGCCAACAACCUGGCCUUUGGGCGUCAGCAUCAGGAUUUGCAAUUUGAUUUGGAGGGCGAGAUCAAUAUGCAGUGCCCCUUGCUGGUGUCCCUCGCGUCCGAUGUCUAUGCGAUGAAAGCCUUGGGCCAACACAGGGAUGGCAACGUCAGCUUGGCACAGAUUGGGUUAUAUGUGUCAGCGGAAGAAUUGGCAAAGCUGUGCUUCGACGGUGGUAUGGAUGCCGUUGCCACCGCCAUGUCACACGUGCAAGGGAGCAUGAGCACGCUCUUCAACCUUGACGUGUUGCCAGAAUUGGGUUUGGAGGCCGCAGCUCAGGACCUGGACAGCUCCGUCGUCGGCACUGCUUUGCACUCCAAACGGCAUGUGUGGUGGAUCCACGAUGAGGCAGACAGGUGUUUGCCCUUGCCAACUUGGACGAGCCGUCUGGUGGAGCUCACCAUCAUGGCCUGGGUCAAAGAGCGGCAAGCAUGCCCGUUCAGAGAAGAGAGACUGUCAGCGGAAGCAGGGGCUGCGUUUAGGCUGGCACAUGUAAAAGCAGGAGACCUAGAGCCCUUGAUUGUUGCCGCAUCAAAUGAACAGAG